AACUCCGCAGUCAUGAAUAGUAUAGUUGUGUCAUGCACGCCCCCGUGGAAUCUGAUCGUGUUCGUCUGCAGAUUCCCAGGGAGCCCAUUCUCCCCACCCAGACCUCUCCAUGAAGAUGGACCCUCUGGCGCUUCCAAAAGACAGAAAUAGAGGCUGGUACCUCUCAUUAAUGGCACCAAACACCAAAGGACCAAACUUUGCCUGGCUUGACCCAUCAAGGCUUUACUGUAACCCCCAGGCUCUGUCAGAUUGUGUGCAGGACCUUCUCUGUCCAUUCCAGAAUGAAACAAUCGACCUAGUUGCGGGUAUAGAUGCAAUGGGAUUCAUCUUAGGGUCGGCAGUGGCGGCCACACUAGGAAAAGGCUUCCUGGCUAUCCGUAAAUCAGGACACCUGUGUAUAGAAACGCAGAGUCAGAAGUACAGAGACUACUCUGGCAGGGAAAAAGUGAUGGAAGUAAGACUGGAUGUGCUAAAACCAGGCCUUCGGGUCCUGAUUGUAGACCAGUGGAUAGAGACUGGAGGCACCAUGAAGGCUGCCAUACAACUUGUGGAGAAGCAAGGAGCCACUGUUGUUGGUGUAACUGCUGUGGCUAUUGAGAACAGCGAGGGAGGGAAGUGGAUCAAAGACCAUUACAAAUACUCUCACUGCAUCCCAGAGGAACUUCAGAGUCAAAUUGAUGAACAAUAUCUAGAUUAUUUCAAAAGCUUCCAGAGUUAAACCCUUCCAUGCUUCAUUUCCAAGGAAAUUGAUUUAACGCUAAUCUAUAUUUUUCAAUAUCCAGUUUUCAUAUACUAGGACAGAUAUCCACCAACCAUCUCUGGA